UGUGUUACGUUUGGUAGUGUACGUUAUGUAAUAAUAUCAUUCCUUGCAUAAUUGCUUACAUUCGUAAUAAAGCUAAUAAUAUUGUCUAUAUUUAUCGAUAGUAUAAAUUAAUUAUAUUAAUGUUUAUUAACGGUUCCUCCAAUCAGUUGUAAUUGUUGUACGUAUUCUAGGUUGCUUAAUAUCUGUACUUUAGAGAUUAUUAUAAUUCACAGUGCAAUCUUAAAUUAUCUGUUUACUAUUUCAAUUAUUCACGGUACUUUAAAAAAAUCUGCGAUAUUACCAUACGUCCUUUAUUCAACAUCUCCGUGGACUUAAUAGUACUACCACCCCCAACCCUUGAGAUCUACUAUUGUGUAUUUUAUAAGAGGAACACCAAGAGCGAUUUUAGUCGCAUUACUCUGAAUAUCUGAAGAAAUUCUAAAAGGUAACAUAGGACCAAUAAAUAUGAUGUCAAACGGCUUGGAUGCUGGAGUAGUGGGCCAACAAAAUGGCGGCAGUGGUGGACAGGGCGGCGGUCAGGAGGAGUCAAAAACAAAUCUCAUUGUUAAUUAUUUACCUCAGACAAUGACGCAAGAAGAAAUUAGAUCUCUGUUCUCUAGUAUAGGAGAAGUUGAAAGUUGCAAGUUAAUUAGGGAUAAAGUCACAGGUGAGGCUUCCCUUCCUUCUAACUUAGGUCAAAGUUUAGGAUAUGGUUUUGUUAAUUAUCACAGACCAGAAGAUGCCGAGAAAGCAAUCAACACACUCAAUGGUUUGCGGUUACAAAAUAAAACAAUCAAGGUAUCAUAUGCACGGCCUAGUUCAGAAGCAAUUAAGGGUGCCAACCUGUACGUAUCAGGACUGCCCAAGAACAUGACCCAACAAGACUUGGAAGCACUCUUUAGCCCAUAUGGACGUAUUAUAACAUCUCGCAUUUUGUGCGACAAUAUAACCGUACGUCAAUUUGUCACGGGGGCUGGAGAGAAUUUAACUGGCCUGUCGAAAGGGGUCGGAUUUAUAAGAUUCGAUCAGCGUAUGGAGGCUGAACGUGCAAUUCAAGAACUAAAUGGAACCAUCCCCAAAGGGUCCACGGAACCCAUUACUGUUAAGUUUGCUAACAAUCCUAGUAACAAUAAUAAGGCUAUCCCACCCCUAGCAGCUUAUUUGACACCACAAGCAACCAGGCGCUUUGCAGGACCGAUACACCAUCCCACAGGUCGAUUUAGGUAUUCUCCGCUGGCCGGGGACCUAUUGGCCAAUUCGAUGCUACCUGGGAACGCAAUGAAUGGCUCCGGAUGGUGUAUAUUCGUUUAUAAUUUGGCACCGGAAACGGAAGAGAACGUAUUGUGGCAGCUUUUUGGUCCGUUCGGCGCCGUCCAGAGCGUUAAGGUAAUUAGAGACCUACAGACAAAUAAAUGCAAAGGUUUCGGCUUCGUGACGAUGACGAAUUAUGACGAAGCAGUUGUCGCGAUCCAGUCCCUAAACGGCUACACGCUCGGUAAUCGAGUGCUGCAGGUCAGCUUUAAGACCAACAAGAGUAAGACCACAUAGAAAAGCGGCGAAACGCCGCUACCGUGAAGUGUAGACACCGCGACCCAUGCCGCCUCCCUGUCCGCCUCUUCCUCAUUCCUCUAAUUUAGUAUUUAUUGAUCAAUUAAUUAUUAUUCUAUUAUGCUAUUUGAGAUGUUUGGUUUUCCUGUUUAGUUGAGUGAACUAGGCGGAAGAGGGAGUGCCGCAUGGGUCGUCGACUUGUGGCAAGGGGAGAAGCGUAACAGCAACCCCCUCGCCACGGUUACUUAGUACUUAUAUAAGUUACGAAACUAGUCAAAAAGUGCAUUCGCGUUUUUUUUUACCGACGUACUUUACAAAUUUUCUUUAGUCUCUUUUCCCCAUAUACCUUUAAAAAAAAAAAGAAACAACUCACAUAAUUAUUGUAUAUGAAGGAUGAGUAUAAUAAUAUAUUAUUAUUACAUGGGGUAUUAUCGAAGAUGACGCACUAGAAAAUAAUAAUAAUGAUUAUUCUGUGUAGUAAUUUAUUUUUCGUAUUUGAUAAGUUGACUUAGAGAUCAUUUGAAAUGUAUUUAUAUGUAGUGUUUGUGUAAUUUAUAUAUAUAUAUAUGUUAUUAUGUAACUAGUAGCAAUGCAACCAAUUCCCGUUGCGCACGUGUAGAAGUCGGUUGGUUCGAAUGCGGCUGGCUUCUUCCGGCGGUAUCGGGGCAUGGCUGUUGUCUUUGGAUUAGCGGGGAGGGAGGCAGCCUGGGUUCACACUUAUCCAACAGAAACACAACACAGGGCGUACGCUUAUAGAAAAAAAAAUACCGUUCCAAAUAAGAUAUACAAUUAUACAUAUGUAAAAAGAAAACAAGGAAGAUAAAACCCGUGCUCGCCUUUCAGUUCCGCCGAAUCUCUCUCUCUCUCUCUCUUAUUAGUGUGUUUUGUGUUUUUAUGGUUAAGUCUUUAGCACUUUACCUAAUUUCCGUGUUUUUUCUUUUCGCUUUCCUUUCAGCCUUUUCUAACUGUUAUUACUAUUUAUUUCGUUGCGGAAGUACACACACAAUUAAUUAAUUUUUGUAAUGGUUCUAUAAAGUACUAGGUAGUACUACUACUACUAUUAUUAUUAUUAUUGAAACAUCUGUUCUAUCAUCGAUCAUCGCAACGGUAUGCAACGCUUUGGCAAGACCUUAUUUAUUUAUUAAUUGAUAUCUAUUUCUUUCUUCUCUUAUCUAAUUAAUUGGUUUCUAUUGGACAUGCCAGGCAAAGUGAAUCAGGUUCUUUUCAGAGUCGAGUUUUUAUUUUUUUUUAUUUUCUGUUUCAUAAAUUGAAGAAAACUGUCUGCCUGUUCCAUCGACUUCUUGCACGUGUUUCUUAAACGAAGAAGUUCUUCUCACAUAUAUUUAUUAUAUUAAUUCGAAGGUAAUUCAUGUAAAUUUUCUGUUAACAACUGAUAAGGUUGACAACUAUAGUAGAACUUUUUGGCUUAAAUUGCACGUAAGACAGCAGAUGGAUGUUUUUCUUCGGCUUAUUACUUUUGAUUUAGUUUUAGUUAUUUAUAGCUAAGUAAUUUUUUAUUUUGUCAUUUUUAUUUUGGUUGAAGCAGUCUGCCUUAAUGUGAAAAAGCGAUUAAAAUUUUCUUUAUACUUAUCUUUUUGUUUUGAUUUAGUUCUUCCCAUUCUUUAUGGUAGCUCUAGACCUAGAUCUUUUUUCACUCAAUCGGCCAAAUGCAUGUAUCUGCAAUGUACAUGAAACCUUCUGUCUCGUAAAAAAAAAAAAUAAAAAACAAAGCAACACACUUCCAAAUAAUUGCAUUCUAUACAAUGAUAAAAGUACAAACGCGAAUUUCUCCCUUCAAAAAAAGUACGGAAUGGUAUGCAAGGAAAAUGAAACGCAACAAAACAAAAGAAUGAUUUCUAGGUCUAAAGCGUUGGUUUCAUGUCAUGUUUCGUGUAGCGUUUGUCCAGUAAGUCGCUCAGUAGGUCACUUACAGCACAAGCGGUUUCGCGCAAGCGUCUUAACGCGUUACUUACCGACAACUUCCACUCGAAAUGCACUUUAUUUUUCUAAACUCUCGUACUGAGGUUCGAUAUAAUAUUAUAGUAAUAUUAGGUGUACAAAAACACGUAUUGUAAGGAGCGAAUUGUGUUCAUACUAACAAUUGGUUCGGUUAUAUGGCGAAACGCACAUUUAAGAUUAUGGGACGGGCAAUAAUAGUUAGGAUAAUUGACGACGAUAUAAAAGCUCGGUGCGUUGGGCGGAUAAAGUUUUUCAAAAAAAAAAAAAGUAGGUUGAUGUCGAAUUUUCAGUUUUGACGUGUAAAAAUACACACACCUAUACACACACACACCUCUUAGACUAAUUAAGAGACGUCGACCACCCUUUCCUUACCCAUCAAGCGACUUAUUUGCGUAGGUAUCUCAAGUUGUAUAAAGUUUUAUGUCUCAUUGUAAUAAAAGAGGAACAGUGAGCUUUCAUUAUUCAUUAACUCGGUGUUGUUUCAAAGGUUUUUAUUUAAAUAAUAUAAAACGAACUCGCUAAAACAAAAGUAUCCAACCGGAGUAAUAAAAUAAAAUAAUAAUCGCAUUCGUUUUUCGUUUAUAAUUCGAUCAUCGAUGCACAAUAAUCACAAUCACGUUUUACACGAACGAGCCUAAACUCAAACACAAUUAUUAGUUAUUACAAUUACAUUUCCAAUACAAUACAUACUAUAUCAUCUAGGUAAUUGAACAUGUAUCGGUACUUUUUGUUAAUUCAAAGACAAUAUCGAAGGGAACUCAUCAUACCAAUACCUGCAUAUUUGAUCUUUGUACCUAACUAAUUCCUAUAUAAGUAUAUUAAAAAAAAAAAAUACUUGUUCGAUACCCAAUUGUUGUUCUACAAAAAUCGUUAAAAAUUGUUGAUGAAUGUAAACGUAGAGAAAAGAAGAAGAGUGAGAACUUAGAAUAAAUCGAGAGUAAGUAAGAAAAAAAAAAUCAGAGAUGUGUUCACGUUUGAAAAAAAAUGUACCAGUGAACAGAGUGCAGUCUUAUCUGUACUAAUCCUCAUUUAAUAUAACCGGUUAUAUACUGGCCUAAAUCGAAACUCGCGUAGGCUAACUCCACACUUAGAACAACGAUCAAUUUCAAAUAUAAUGUUAUUUCUGUCAACAUCGCUUAUUUACCUUUCUUAGCUUCAAUUUGAAUAAGCCCAGUACUCUUAUAUGCAGCUUUUUUAAUCUUAAACGAUGAUUAUUAUGGAUUAUGUACCACUAUCUAUAAGAAUUAUUAUCUCUUUGUGUGUUGUGUAGAAUUCUAGCAUAAGUGUAAAAUAGUACAUAUUCUUAAUUGGUUACUUUCUCUUCAUGUGUAGUUGUUGUGUUACGGGCGAAAGAUAUACCAGAGCAGAAGCCAAAGCAGAGAACCGAGCUUUUUGCCCCUCUUUUCACGAAGUGUUAAGUUUUAUCAGAACGAGUGUUAAUUAAAAGUAUUAUGUGUACGAGUACACACGCGGAAGUCGUCGUCGGUAUUAUUUAAGUACUUAUAUUAAAAGCAUGUACUAAAUGAAGAGGAAAAAAAAGAAUUCGUUCCUAGCUUUGUUCCUACUCUGUUGAUGGCCCACAGGUUCGCCCGACGAUUCGCAGGGCUAUAGCUCAAAUAUUGUUGUGACAAAACAUUCCAUUAUUAUGAUGAAGCUAUUAUUGAUUACAUUAUAUACUCAUACCUAUUCUAUCUGUUUUGAUAAAGGUGAUUAAUAUUUAAAAUGAAUGAAUGCAACAAAGAUAAAUGUACAGUAUAUUAGAAAGUACAGUACCUCAUAAACUGUAAUUCAUGCAAUAACUUAAUGUAAGAAAAAUUAAAUUUCACUAUAAAUUUAGCAUUAGGAUAAGAGUCCAGGUUGGUCAAUCUCUGACAUGAAGGGAUCGGGUCGAGGCCUUCUUGUGUCACGAACUUUAUCUCUUUUGCGAUUUCAUCAAUUUUCCGAUUGAUAAAUUGAUUAAAUUUUUAUAUUUUCAAUAGCCAAAAAAACGUCGCACAAACGAAAGCCAAAAAAUAUUUUAUUUAAUUCAUUAUUCAAUGGCCUUUUUUUUCAGAAACUUAAUGGAAAUUCAGUUAACCACAUAGCACCUAACUACCUAGCCAAACAUUAUUCUUUAUUCUGAAACUACAAAUUUUAUCACCACUAUAUAGCGCAGACACGGGUCUCUAAACUGUGAUAUACAUAGGUAGCAUAGGCAAAUGAAGUUUUUAAUUAAUAUCCGCAUUUAAUUUUACCCAAUUUGUUUUCCUACUUUUUGAAAAUAAAUCUGUUGAAUAAUGAAUGAAAAAUUACAAAAAAGUUGUACCAAAAUGUGCAAUAUAAAUAGGGCAUAUCUUUCUAUCAAACUCGUAUUUUGAGGUACAAAUUGUACAAAAAAACUUCCGGGAAUAACAAAACUAAUAUAAUAAUAUAUUGCGUAGUUAAAAUCGUCUAUUUAUCCGGGUUAAAAAAAUCAUAGAAAUUUUUGCGUUAGUAAUUGUCGGUUAGCACAAAUAUACGUGUAGUUACAAUAUUUAAUAUUUGCUAUUAUUGUCACAUAAACGGUUAGAUUUAAAAUAUUUUCAAAAAUAAUCGCACUGUUUCUAACAUUAUUUCCGAACAAAAUCUCUUCUCUUAAUUGGCAAUUAACAAUGAUAUCAUUUUUGUGUUGAGACCGCGCCACGAUUCCAUACCCGGUUCAAAAUCUGCUUUGAUUACAACAGCUAAAAUUAAUCGGUUCGCAGAACAGAUUUUUUUAACUCCAAACAAUCGAAAAUGUAGUAGUUUAACAUUCGUUGCAUGCAAUGCUUUUGAAUGUAAUUUUAUUAAAUUGUCAUACGGGAUUUCCCUAACUACAGUGUAAUGUACUGUUCAUUAGAAUUUAGCGCUGUUGUAAUAAAAACGGGUUUUACAGCGGCAUGAAAGGUGAAGCGACAUAUCAGAGGACAAAGUAAGCACUGCGAAGUGCGUCAAAUUACUAAAAAGAUCUACGAAAUGAAAAGCUGCUGCUCUCACCCUAGUUUCUGAAUCUUUAGUAAUCUUGAAUCGGUUGAUAUAUUCUUAUCAAUUAUUGUCAUUUCUUGCUAAUGUCCAGUUUCAAAAAAAACAAGUACUAGAAGUGUAUCAAACAUACAUACGUUGUUCGAAAUAAAUCGGUUAAAUAAAUAAAGACAACGAUAGUUUUUUGCGUUCACUCGGUAUGUAAUGGCUGUGCGGAUUUAAAAGGAAUAAUCUUAUAUAAAAAAAAAUAAAAAACUCAUUGUAUUUUCCCCGAGUUGACACUGGACAUGCUAGCAAAGAAUUUUGCGAUAUUGUUAUAACGCGCGACUUUUGACGCGCAAACGUAAGCAGUGUGGAUACAGCCCCACUGCAAAACACAAUAUUAAAAUUGUGUACUCCAGGCUAGAAGUCGGUGUAAUGCAAUAUUUGUACUUUUCCAUGUUGACAAACUUAUACAAUAAAGCAUAAAAAUCUCCAUAUAAUGAGACUGAAUUCUCACAA